CGGAGCGGGAUCAGAGUGCGGUUCAGAGGAUCAGGAUCUAGACUAAGUUUGUUUCUUUGCUCUCCUUUCUCUCUCUUAAUACCCCCUUCGCUCUUACCUGAGAGACAGAACCCCACUUACAGAGAUACUAGCUGCACUACCCAACCCAAACCACUGACAUGGCAACUGCAAGCUCCUCUGGACUGUCUAGCCUGGGAAGGAAAAAGAAGUCCCCUGGCCUUAUGGAUCAAAUUGGGAACUUCUUUGGAGGGGACAAGAAGAGGAAGAGCAAGGGUUCCUUCCGUGGCCUGUCCUCCUCUCCUGCCAGACCUGCCAAGGCAGCCCCUAAGGGAGGAGAGAACGCUGUUGUACGCCUCUUCAGAACGAUCGUGUCCCCUGCCCCUCCUAAGUCUAGGUGGACGGCAAUGACUGCGAAACUAGGCCUGGCGUCUCAGAAGUCAACAGGAUCCGCUAAGGCAAAGAAGGCCGGUGCAGGAGACAGCGGAACCCUGUCCAAGAUCUUCAAAAUGGGCACAAGCCGGACUGGGUCUCUACCCAAAAAAUGAGGUCCCCUUUCAAGAGCACAAAGGCAGAUGUCAAGAAAAGGGACGCAAGUGGAGGAAAACAAAGAAGAUACAAGAACAGAUCUUUGUCGACUCACACACCUCUUCUCCCUGCUUUUCUAACACUUUCAUUUUAUAACUCAAAUGCCUCCCCCACUGCACCCGGCUGGUAGAUAUAGCGACACAAUCUGUGCCUCCCCCCACCCCACCCCACCCCUGCUCCACCCUCCUGUGCAACCAUCUUGGAUGUGAACUGUUGCUGAAGUCAUCCGGACCCCCUCUUACAGCCUAAAGGACCCCUGUCAUAGCUUUACAGUAUCUGUGUCUUCAUUUCUAUUUCUCUGUCUGUCUGUCUGUAUAGUCGUUUAACAAGGCUGGCUAACUGGACCAGACCUGGCUGAAGUAGCUUAGGUCCAAUUGACCUGGCCCUGACCGCUUGUGGUUGUGGAAGUAUGACCAGGUCUGGUUCUGGUUCAGAAACUAGUGAUUAUCUGUCGUGUCAUGCUCGUCUUUGCACCCCCCCCCACACUCUUCCAUUUCUGUACAUCCUGACAUGAAUUCAUAGCUAAGCAUAGUCUUACUCAGUUGGUCAUGUGUUUGUAUGUCUCCCCUCCUGUAUCAUCAGUGUAAGUGUCCUGUCUUAAGUGUUGCUGUCUUUCCAUGUUUUUACAUUAGGGUCUAUGGCUGGCUGUGAUCUUCGGUGGUAAAAUGACAUCGAGCUACUGAAAGCUGUUAACCUACUAAAAGUCUCUUGUCUGUAGUAUCCACUGAAUUGUAGACGUUAAUGGAUGAUAUCAUUUCUAAUGUUGUUUUCAUUUGAUUUCCAGUACAUGGAUUAAGACACUAAUGGGAGUUUCCCCAUCCAGACACAACUGGGAUUCGUCUAAAGUGCACUGUUUUGACCGUUGAAAAGCCAGACACUGACUGCUCUGAAACCAAGCUCACGCUGGACCUGCUACAAAGCAUGGCAUUUCCAACGGGGGGACAGAUUCAGACCCUUCCCCCAUUAGUGUAGUCUAGAUUCUGUAGUCUUCUCUGUCUUAAGUAUCUCUUGCUUUAUAUAUCUAUCAAAGCACUGCACACAAUAUGAAUACAAAAACAGCUAGCUAAGCAAUGCCAUUUCUGACUGCCAAAAACAAUGUGGUGUGUUUACUCUGUGUGGAUAUUAAAAGACCAACACUGUCAUAAAGGUGCUCGUUAUUUAACCGUGUAAAAGCAUAAACGUUAUUUAAACAAAAGAUACAUGGAUAUAGAGGACGUGGAGUUUGUCGACCAAGGCACGAGCGACAAACUGCUUAUUACUGUCCAAUACCCCCCCACACCAGUGUCUUUCCUCAAUUUGUUUAAAAACAAACGUGUGUCAUCUGUAGCAUUACUCUGCCUGCCCCCGUCGCCCCUCCCCCAUGUCUUAAAGUGUGCGCACGUUUUUGUAUGGGUCCUGUGAAUGAAUGUAAAUUAAACUCUUGAGACCCUCAUUGUUGUAUCUGUAAUAAAAAAAAUGUACGAUCAGCCACUUAACUAGAAGAAAUAAAUAAAGCAAUUAAAAAUCAUAAAACCGUUA